ACUUCGAACGGGUAACAGGUCCUCGGUUGCCGUCGCUCGGCAGUAUAUUUUCCUGUUCCAAAUUUUGUUUUGUUUUUGGGAGUGAUCAAUAUUUGGUGUUAUUUUCUGUGUUGAAUUAGUGAUUCUGUGAGUUGUGAAUGGGAAACGAAUGUUCGUUUUCGGGUUCGUGCCGUUCAAAAUACUGACAAGUGAAGGCUUUUAUUUCAAGUCAAAGCAAGCCCCAAAACAGGUGAAGGUGUGAAAACAAAAAUCCUUUUGAAGAAAAUACAAAAGUGUUUGAGAUUAAUUUAGUACCGAAUCCCCGAAGUGUUUCUGUGUUCCUUGGUAUUUGUGCUUACGUUGCGUUGGAAGCCCCGGAGGGAGUAGCGGGAGAAAAAAGUAACGUGCCUGGCUUAGCGCCUCUGUUGGUAGUUGCGCUGUCCGAUCAAUGGAUGCGGGAAGAAGGAAAUAAAUUAACGAAAAGCGAAUGAAGUGGAAAGAAUACAAGUGGAUAAGGCGAAGAUAAAAAUAAAAUAAGUGAAAGAUUAAGGUUUUGUCAAAGCGUGCGAAACGCAACCAGCGCGCAGUAGAGAGUGGUGUAUAGAAUCGGUUCGCCGUUGCACGUGUCGAUUGGUGUUUUGUUCGUGAAAAAAUCUGCCUGCAUUUGACCCGAAUCGACACGAAACCGUGCGGAUUGGCUUAAUUGGAUUAAACCAGCUUGGAUUGGAGCGGGCUUAAAAACAGUACCCAGUGUCAGGCAGUUUUGUGCUUGAAUGUUGGUGCGGUAGAAAGGCAACAUAAAAGCGCUAAAGAAUAAACACUGAGCUGCUGUACUGAAUUCAUAACUGUGCUAGAAGUGUAAUCAACCGGGCAGAAAAAGAGCUAAAUCCCAAUGAUUUCAAGUGGUACUGAUUGGGGAAAAAAUGCCAAUUAUUCAACACCAUUGAGUUUCGAAACCAUCUGAAAUGAGAAUGUAUCACACGUCCUCGUCCUCGCUGCCGUCGUCGUCAUCAUCAUCGUCACCGCCGCCGUCUGUACCGCCACCACCACCACCACCGCCAGCAUCGGUACCAACAUCAUCAUCAUCACAUACAUCAGCGUCUGGUGGAACGCACCAUGCUGCCACAUUGCCGCAUCCAUCAUCAUCCGGUGGCCGUUUUCAUCAUCAAUGGCACCAACAACAGCAACAACAACAACACCAGCCGCAGCGUUCUCUUCAGCAGCAGCACUUCCAGCUGGUGGCCAAAGCCGGAACCAAUUCCAAUCCGAUGCUCCAACGGGUCUCUCCUCCCAUUGCACUGAGCCAAAAUCAAACGGAGCCAAGGCCAAUCGUCUACCAGAGUGGCCACCCGAAUCAACAACAGCAGCAGCAACAAAAGGCCGGGUCAAGACCCACCUACGGUGCCUAUACGAAUAACACUUUACCGCGGGGGCCUUAUCUUCAGUAUAAGUAUAACAACGUUAGCAGUAUUCCGAACGGCGACAAUAAUAAUGCGACUACAACCACCGCCACCACCACUACCACCAACACCAACACCACCAGCAACAGCAACAGCACCAGUAACGCUACCAUCAAAACCAACGACAGCCGGCACGACCUGCAGGCCAGACAGAUCGAAGCUCUGCGGAGCGAAUUCCUGGAGCUGGCCAGCAGUCGGGUCCAGCAGCAGCAACGAAGGCUUCAACAGCGACAGCAACAGCAACAGCAGCAACAUCCACAAAUCAACAAUAACAACAACAACAACAACCAAAACACAGGAAGUGCCAGCGGUGACGAACGGGAUUCUCUUCGAAGUACCCGGUCCGGAACGUCGACCGCGUCCUCGACGGCUACGGCAGCUACAGCGAUUGUCGGUACUGUCGGAACCUACCAGCACUAUCAGCAACAGCAACAACAACAACAACAACAGCAACAUCAACCACAACAAAAUCAAGCAGGCUGUGCUAGUAAUAGUAGUAGUAGUGGUAACAAUAGCAAUCGUCAGUGUAGCACUAGUAGUAGUAGUAGUAAGCAUCAUCUUUACCACAACCAUCUUCAACAACAACAACAACAACAGCAGCAGCAGCAGCAUCUUCACUACCAUCAUCAUCAUUAUCAACAGCAGCAGCAGCAACCUAAACAAAUAAGCGUCGACGAUCGGUCGUCAACAGCAACAGCAACUGGCAGCACUGGCGGCAGACCGUUCGGUGCCGGUGGCUAUUGUCUCAACUAUGUCAACCUGUCCGAUGUGGUGGCCCUCAAGCGGAUUAGCCAACCGGAAGGUUGGGCUCUGCUGUGCCAAUCGGUUCAAGCCCUGCAGGAUUUGUUCCUAGCUGACACACCGUCGAUUACGAAAGUGCGACCGCUGAUUUCGCCCACCGGACUGCAGAUUACGUCCCGCGGCCGAGUCGUGUUCAAUCUGGUGUCCGUCCAGCAGCCACUGGUACAGGAAGGGGCGGGUCCACCGCAAGCAUCAGCACCAGCCGGAGGGGCCGGACCGGGUGGGGGUGGCGGAAGUGGUGCGUUUCUGGACAUGAAGAGCUAUCUGUCGCCCGAAUACCUCAGUAGCCUGGGCAAGAAGAUCAAUUUUUCCGAAUCGGAUGUGGAGAAGAUGUGGAUCUACUCGCUCGGUGUAACGCUGCAAAAAACCGUCUCAUCCUUUUCGGUCAACUAUCGGCGGCAUGGCAUGAUGAUGAAUGGGCAUCACCAGCAUCACCAGCAUCAGCAUCAGCAGCAGCUGCUGCUACUGACAGGAAGUGGCAAGGAAAAUAACGGCAACGACGAGGACGAAGACGGUUUGAUGGCACUGGACCACGUCAUACUGGCGAUGUGCGAAGCAAAUCUCUACAAGCGGGCCAGUCUGAUGCUUCUGUUGGAUAUCAUCUCCGACUACUGCAAGAGCCACCACCUGUACAAACCGUUUUCACACAUGGCAAUCGACCUGUUCAAGGAGGUCGUCGCAUCCGUUUCUACCCGGGUCGAGAUCAAACCGGCAGUUCCACCUCCACCAGCGAAGUUUAAGCAAAUGAUAGAAUCCUAUGAGGAGCAAAAAAGCGAUACCGAUUCUGGACGCAGCUCGGAUCAUGGCGAACUGGAAGUCCAUCGAAAGCCUGGCGGACAGCAACCUUCCCAGCCACCGACAGCAACUGCAGCCAUCAACUAUGGCAUCACGAUAAGCGGUCACGAUCUGGAACAGGCACGUUACUUCGGUUCAACAGCCAACCUACGCGUAAAGCGAGCCGAACCGGCUCCCCAAGCGGUAGCACCGCCCGACUGUAAGUUCCGUUCGCUUCCUCGACCAACCGAAUCCAAUCGACUCACAGUGGAACCGGUGCGUAAUUACGCCACCAUCGGUUACUCGAAAAGCAUCCGGGCAACUGGGACGGAAUGUGAUUCGAAAAAACUGCACGUCGUUCGCCGGCGGCACAAUGCCGAAAUGCAACGCAAGUGUCGGAAUGAUUUCCGCCGAAAUACGAUUGACGUUACGAUGGUUGAGGUUAAGAUGGCGGAGGUUCAGCAACAGCAGCAGAGGCUGCUGCGCAGCCAGACGCGCCUUGUGCCGUCCAAGAGUACCAAUCAGCUAAACAUCGACCCCAGUGGGAACGACUUCCAGCGGAAGAUCGGCGAGAUGAGCUUCAAUGCGACGUCGAUGCCUAAUCUUGGAGCCCCUCUGGUAUCGAUGCAGCACGUAAACAAUCUGAACACCGCUGGAAGACGAGGCAGGGAGGAUUAUCCACUGCGGAAGUCCAACAGUCGAAUUGAAGCGCUAGAUGAGGUUGAACGAGGAGCGAUUCUGGAUGCCUCCAAGGGACCGGAGUUUGUGCGGAAUGCUGGCAGUGUGCCAAAGGUUAUCGAUUUGACUGAUGCCAAGACUCAACAUCGCCGAACCGUUACGAUUCUGAUGCUCAACGGAUCGAAGGUGAAUGUGAUUUGCAAUCCCACCAGCACCGUCGCCCGGCAGGUAUUCGAAGCGAUCCUGCGGAUGGAGCACUUGACGGAAAACUUCUUCCUCGGGCUGUGCGCCCUCAUCGGGGGCGAUUUCGUCUUUCUACCGCACGAUCUCAAAAUCUAUAAGGUGGCCCCCCAAAUCUGGGUAAACACAUCGAAAAAAUCCGCCGCACUGGGGGAAAACGUAGUUUUCACACUUUAUCUUCGGAUAAAAUUUUUCCUGCCAACGCUUCGUGGCGUUAGCUGUCUGGAAUCGCGACAUCUACUGUAUUUGCAGCUCCGCCGGAGUAUCCUGGAGCGGCAAGUUCUCUGCUCCGAAGAUGACCUCAUCACGCUGGGCGGCCUGGCGCUGCAGGUGGAAGUCGGAAGCUUUAGGGAAAAUAUGAAAUACAGUGAAUAUUUUACCAUCUCGCACUACCUGCCGGAGGAGGUUUACCGCAGGAAGAAGGAGCUGGCCAAGUACCUGCGCAAUUCGCACUUCUGCAAGCGUGGCCUCCAUCAGCUAGAGGCGGAGCACAACUUCAUUCGGUACGUUCAAGAGUUAAAAGAGUACGGACUGCAUCUGUACAGUGCCACCUGGACGACGGAGGAAAACCUCACGCUGGAGGUUUACGUGGCGAUUUCGCUCAGUGGAGUGGCGAUUUUCGAGCGGAAUCUUAAGUUUAAUCCGAAGGGUGCCCAGCAGGAGUUUAGCAACGGGAAGAACUGCUACCAGCGGCAUUUGUAUGCGUUCUUCGAUUGGCUGGAAAUUGAGAACAUUUGCUUCUCGAAGCAUGUCUUCUGUGUGGUUGUGCGUCGGACCGAGAGUCUGAAUCCGAAGGAUAAGACGAGGGUCAAGUAUAAGCUGAGGAUGGACGGGAGAAAAAGUUACUUCGCCUUCAACCUCGCCUCGGAGCACCACAAGUUCUACAUGAAGCUGCGCAACUCUUUCGUCUCCAUCAAGGCCCUUUCAAACGAGCUAAACAUUCCGAUCGUUGAACCUGGUCGAGCGCCUGGCGCUGCCACCGCUACAGACGCUUCCUCCACAAAAGCCCCCAAGCUGAACGUGACCGAAGUUGACGAAAAGGCAGCCUUCGACGCGAAGCACGUUGACAAAAUCGAUAAACCCCUAAAAACCACAGCCCUACGGGUCCGCAACCUGAAAAAAUCCAUGCUCAACGACAACCGGCUGGCGAAACUUCGCCAGAAAUUUCUCCUGAAACGAUCCAAAUCAUCGGUGGAAGGCCCACAGCCAUCGGCACUGAAUGAUACCGUCGAAAUCACCAACCAGCAGAACCAGAACAAGGAAAAUGAGAACCCGGCGUACGGUUCGGGUGGAAAUUCUUCCUGCUCCCCACAAGCAAUUUAUCCGGCCUCUUCGGAGUUGAACCUCUCGCCGGAUGAUUCCCCAAAAACCUACAACAGCGUGAACAGGAAUCGCGUUAAAAUGGGGACCCGAGUUUUUUCCACCCAGUUUCUGAACAAAUCGUUCGACAAUCUGUACGAUCAUCCGGCAGGCGGUGGGAGCGGUCCGCUAAGUGGAGCCAGCUCUUUUCAAAAUUUAGCCAACGGAAGCUUCAACGAGGAUGACGAACUGCUGAUGGAUUACGAGUGUGAUGGUGCCGAUCCGCGGCAGAUGCUCGAAAGUAACGUCGACGAUGCCCUAUCGCUAAAGAGUAGCAUGGGAUCCGUUUAUUUUAUGGAGAAGAUCGACGAACGAUCCGCUGGCGGUAGCGAGGAAACACUCUCGCCAAAGGCGUGCGUUAUUCAAUCCAACAUCCGCAGCGAAAGUGGCCACUUCGAGCUGCCCAACGAAACCAUCUCGGACACGCUGCUGGAGAAGUUCAAUAACCUGAGCUGUAGCAGAGCGAUCAACGAUCGCAUUCUGACGUCGGUCGUUGUGCUGAAAGAUUUCAUCAACCCGAACGAAAGACCGGCCAGUAAAACGCAAAUGUUGAUCCGAAAGCGAUCGUUUUUGUCACGCAGUCAGGAGUCGGUUCUGUUCCGAAGCGGACGCCUGACGGCCGCCUUUGGCGGUGAUGAUCUCAGUUCGGAUGGAGGUAUAGCUGAUUGUGGCAGCAGUGGGGAGGAUAGUAAGGGUGCUCGAUACACUCUUGGCAUCAGUAUCGUUCAGGGUAACGAAAAUACGGUGUAUGUGAAAGAUUUGGUGCCGAAUGGGCCGGGAGCUCGUGCUGGUGUGAGAAUUGGUGAUCAGAUCAUAGCCGUUGAUGGACGAUCACUGCUAAACCUUCCCUACAACGAAUCCCUAGCGGUUCUUCAAAACACCGGUCGAACGGUCGAACUGGUUCUUUCGCAGGUUUACCUGCGACCGGCGCUGAGCACCAGUGCUCUAAACAUUAGCAAUAAUUGCCGAAAACGGCCACCCAGCUAUCAGUACGAUUCGGAUUUGUACCCGUCCAAACUGGACGCUGUACGAUCGGCCGUAAACUCCGUAUCCAAAUCGAACAGUUUGUACAUUAAAAAUGGAAUGCAGCAACAGCAGCAGCAUCAGCAGCAAUCGGUUCGGAAAAGUCCGCUGAUUGGUGGAAAGGCGACCUACGAGGACAUUGGCAAUCACUUCGAAGCAAUACGAUGCUACUAUCAGCAGCAACAGCAGCAGCAGCAACAACAUCAACAAAAUGUAAAUCAGAAUGCAGUACCGACGGGGAUGUUGGACGAUCGUAAGGUGAACCAGCAGCGGUACACCAAAAAUGUGGCGGAUAUUUUGCGCACGAGGAAUCGAACCCAGGAUGGUGGCGGGCUCGGGUUUGGCGUUGGAGGAAUGUUUGGAGGGUUGAGCCCUUCCAAGAGUAUGCCGGAUUUGCCGAAGAUCCUGCAAGCCUACAACAAACCAACGGCCAUCAGUCCGACCUCCUCCAGUGGCUCCUCCAGCGGAUCAUCCGGUCCAAACCGUUCGACAUCGGCGCAGCCAAAAUCCCUCCCGGGACCAAAAACCAUGGGUCUAUCCCGCAAAUACACCGGUCCGGCCCGGUUUCCCGUUACCCCUGCGAAAGACAGCCUGCGUACCGUGCUGCCGGUACGUCCCGGGAGCGCCCUUGGGACCAGCUAUGGCUCCACGGGGGGACGCGUCCAGCUGUCCCUAUCGAAUGCCUCCGAGGACAACCAGGUGUUCAUCUGAAGGCCGCCCCCUCGUGGUCUUCUACCCCCAAUGAGGAUGCCAAAGUUGAGACGCUUCAAGCAGUGGAAUGGCGGCUCCAUCCUGAAUCUUAGCCAGCUAACCAGUUUGACUUCACGCAGCCGAAAUGUUGGUACGGUUGCAUCCGCUGCCGCCAUCGG